GGUACCUGAACCAUCAUGACUCUCGGCGUAACCGACACUGCGACAUGAUGCCUACUCUUAAAACUUUCGCUAGCCAAUUUCCUCCUCUUCUCAUUUCUACCGAGAUACGCAGACGGCAACAUAGCAGUCUCUAAUACACACGCUCACAAAACCAACUCAGAAAACCGAUAAUCGCCGCCGCUCGACCGACGACCAUCCUAUCAUGUCUUCCUCGCCUCGAUCGUCCAUCUCCUCCGCCUGCGACUCUACUAGCUCUUUCCGAUCAGUCCCCGACUGGAUGUCUGCUGGACUCUCCGAAGGGUGCAUCGAGAGCCUCUCGGGCAGCAGUGGAUGCCUGAGUAGAUCUUACUCUUUCGAUCUCGCAAGUGAUGGCAGGCCAGUGCCACCGCUGCGCUCAGCAGCCAUGGUUUCGGAAAUGUUAGAGUUGAAUAGUAACCCCUGGGAGUCGGCUGUCAUUGCGGGACGUGGCACUGGUGGAGGGAUAGAGGGUGCUGAGUGUUACCACCGUCAAAGCGAAGGUAGCUAUGGUGGGCCAGGCGCGAACCAGUGGGCAAAUGCGGAUGCCGAUAUCGAAGAAUGGGAAUGCAUCCCCAGUGGCGGAUAUCUUCCGACAGUCAGAGAACAACCUUUCGGCUCGAGACACCUGGUUUCAGUGUUAGCAAAUCAAAUCCUUCGGUCGACUCAUGGUUUCCAAUGCACGAAAUCCCACCCAUCGACAACGACUCUUUUCAGCCGGCCGUGCUGUGCUUCAACAUCCUUUGACCACCGCUGCGCAGGAAACCGCAUCUCGUGCAAUCCAGGCCAUGACCGACGCGAGCAGACUCCCCGUGUUUCCAAUUCGAUUUCGGCGCAGACAUUCCGUGCUGCAUUGUACCCGCAUCGAAAACCCAUCGCUUCGGAGUCUUUGUCGGCACUGUCGGGAUGAGGAAGUGAUCAGGGGAAUACUGGAGGAUGACAGUGGGUUUGCAACUGUAGGAAGAAGGGAAGUGUGUUGAUGGGAUAAGAGAACGGUCCACGGGAGUCUGUUUCUCUCAAGAGAUCGACAAAAAGCAAG